CCUUAACACUUGAUACACACUUUUAUUUUUUUUGAUUAUCGCACAUUAGACCCCAUUUGGCCAUAAUGACUAAAAGUUUUAAGAUUUAACCGAUGGAUGGAUAACCACUGACUACAUCACUUAGUUAUUAAAUUGGACCACAUCAAAAUCACAACACUUCUCUUAAUAUUGGAUUUAAAAGUAAAAAUUUGAUGUUUAUUUUGUACGAACUGUUACCUUUAAUUAUGUAGCUUCGCUACACGUGGUUACCCGGGAAAGACUCGGUGGAGACAUAUAAAGCAAUGAAAGGUGCAUUCAAUUCUCGUGGGUCCCAUUGGUUGACAAAAAGGUUCAUGAACGCAAGAAACAAGAAUAAGAAGCCAAAGUUCAUUGGUACAGAUCACUGGGGAGUGAUGCUUCAGUAUUGGGCAUCUCCUGAGUUUAGAGUUAAGAGCGAGAAGUCGAACAAGAACAGGAACACUGAGAAGGCUAAACAGAGGCAAUACUACGGUGGUCGUCGCUCAGUCAGGGAGCAUGUGAAAAAGAGGGAGAUGGAGGAUAAAGUGGUUCCAACCCAGUUGAAGAUUAUUAACAGGUUGUUUGUGAAAAAAGGAGCGGAGCCGUCUGAAGAAGUUGCUCAAAUCAAGGAGAAGCUUGUCCAAAAGAAGCAGGCGGUGUCUAGAUCUGACUCAAAUUCUAUGGAUGUGGAAGAUAUUGCUGAUGAAGAACUUGAAGAUGAUCUUGGAUUGUAUGUUGACGUGGUGGGGAGGAAGAAGAACAGAAUUUUUGGGCAGGGCUGUGAAGCGGGUGCUUCUGGGUCUUUUUCAUCCGGAGGCCCUAGUCAUGAAGAUUAUGCUGCCAUCUUGAAGAAAGAGUUGGAGGAAAAAUUUGAAGCAAAGAGUGCUGCUUUGGAAAAGAAAUAUGAAGCUCAAUCCCAGGACUUGUUAACACAAUUUCAGGGAUUGAAAGAAUCAUUUACUUUGUUGACUCAGGGGUACAAUGCUUCCGUGAAUAGUACUGCCGCCCCUACUCCAAAUGUUGUUCGGCCGUUUUUGAUGUCUCUUCCGAGAAGUCCAAGCCCCCUGCUCAAUAAUACCCUAACUCCAGCAUAUUUUUUCGCCUCACAACCUCUCAUGUCCUCCAUGCCCAUGCCUAUGUUUCAUCAAUCUCAAGUCCCCUCUAUAAUAUCUAAUAAUCCUGUGCAGGAAGUCCCCGAAGAAAACAAUCACGAAAAUUGUGAUGUUGCUAGUUUUUUAAACUAGUAACAUUAAAAAUAAUUUUUAAUAUUUAACCAUUUGUAAAUAAAAUGAUUUCAAAAAGUAGAAAAUUUUACUCCGUAACCCGCAAUUUGUAAUCAAAUUGGGGACGGAUGGAGUAUAUUAAAAACUUGUUCUUUAG